AGGUGUUACAUCAUAACAGUACCGGCGGAAAUUAGGGGAACAAACCGCGCGUCCUGUUAUCACAGCGGCGAAAAUGUCGACUGGAGUGGGAAAACACAAGAUGCUCGCUUUGGGCCCGACCGAACCCUGGUCUAUUCGGGAGAAACUCUGUCUCGCCUCUUCUGUGAUGAGAAGCGGAGAUCAAAACUGGGUGUCUGUAAGCAGAGCCAUCAAGCCUUUCUCAGAGUCUGGACGACCGCCGGACUGGUUCUCUCAGAAGCAUUGUGCCUCCCAGUAUUCAGAGCUGCUGGAAGCCACAGAAGCCCCAAAGCGCAAACGUGGUGAGAAGGGCGAGGUGGUCGAAACCAUUGAGGAUGUGAUUGUCCGUCGGCUUACAGCGGAGAGGAUCGAGGAACUCAAGAGAUUGAUCAAAGACACACAGGAGAAAUACAGAAAACUAAAGAAAGAAGUGGAUUUGAUCCAAGCCGGUCAUAUGGACCCUAAACUAGAGGAGCUGUGGGGAGAAAUAGAGCUAAAGAGGAAGCAAGAAGAGGAGGAGGCGGAGCAAAAGAAGAGGGCGACUGAAGCAGCCUAUCAGGUUCGCCAGGCAGCUAAAAACACACCAAAGAGAGUUCCCAGCGUAACCGUACGUUCUCCACCCGGUUCUGGUUCACCAGGCUUGGACAUCUCACAUGCGGACACAUCGCAGCCAAUGACAGACGAGCCCUGUGUCAGUUCCAUGGCUCAGGGGGUGCCUACCUUUAUGCCUGUAUCAGAGGUCACAGGACCUAAAGAGUCAACCAUGGGAGCUCUGGUGGAUGACUCCCCACAGAAGAAGCACCUUAACCCAAAAGCCACACCUCCUCCUUCCCCGCUGCUGUCUGAACUACUGAAAAAGGGCAGCCUAAUAGCAGCCAGCUCUAGACUGGUUGUUGAAGGAGAAGUGGUCGCGGGUUUGAGUAACGGUUCGCAUGGAGUUGAGCUUCAUGCAGCUGCUGCGCUGCCAACCAAUCAGGACAUUGCAGCCGAUGUUCCUACGUUAUCUCGUCUGUUGGAGAGCUCCAUCCCAGCGCAACAGCCUGUCAGUGCUGAACCCCCUAAGCCCCCUACGGUGGUCCCACCAGCUCCAGACCACCUCUCUGUGCCCAAUGCAGGGGCAGCAGCCGUCGCUGAAGGGUCUGGGACGGAGGCUGUAAUGGCUGGCUCGUCCACGCCAGCGGAAGUUGAGGAGAAAGAAGCGGAGCUGGUGGAGGAGGACACAGUGGUGUCUGUGUCGUACAUGGCUCAUGAACUGGACCUAGAGACGGUUGGAGACAUCAUCGCUAUAAUUGAGGAGAAGGUGGAUGACCCUGUGGAGGCUCUGGAUGCCGCUGCUGUGGAAGCUGCUCUAUCUCUUUGUGAAGACCCAGCGGUCGGGGGACAUCUCUCCAGCCCUUGGGAGUCCCAGACUUUUAAAGCAGGUGAACCAGAGCCAGACGUCCAGCAGAAUGCCGUCCCAGUGGACCCACAGAGUGGCUCGGACCUUGUGGGUGUGCAAGGAGAAAUGGAGGUUUUGGUUGAGGGAACAGAAAAACCAGAGGUGGCCAACGGGGUAAUGGAGGACUCCGUGGUGACGGCUGUCCCUGAUGUUGAGCAGAGCCAGGACUCUGAGGUUAAGAUGGAGGCGGAGAGGGAAGGAGAAGGGGACGAUGGGAUGGAGGAGGCACAAGAGGAGAACAGAACCCCGAGUCCAACUGUGAAGUGUGAGGGGGAAGAUUGGGUUCAGCCGGAGACUGCGACACCCUGUUUGGACUCUGAAGACAGCUCGGCAUCAGCGAAAGAUGCAAAGGUAUUGGUGAUAACAGCAGCAGAGGUGAAGGAAGAGGAUGGAGGCAGUGAAGUGGAUGUGGAUGAAGGGAUGGAGAUGAAGGAUUGUGGAGAUGGGGAUGGAGAUGGGCCGUAUCUCUCCGAAGUGGACCCUCCAGCCAGUGAAAGUGAGGAUGGAUAUGGUAGUCACUCUCAGCGAUACACUACAGCAGACUCUACAGCCAGCAGCCCUGCAUCAUCGCAGUUUUCCAUGUGCAGUGAAGAUCAAGAAGCCCUGCAAGCUCAGAAGAUCUGGAAGAAGGCCAUUAUGCUGGUGUGGCGUGCAGCGGCCAAUCACAGGUAUGCGAGUGUAUUUCUGCAGCCGGUCUCGGAUGACAUCGCGCCCGGUUACCACAGCAUCGUACAUAGACCUAUGGAUCUGUCAGCUAUCAAAAAGAACAUCGAGUCGGGACAGAUCCGUACGACGGCGGAGUUUCAGCGCGACAUCAUGCUGAUGUUUCAGAACGCCGUGAUGUACAACAGCUCGGAUCACGACGUGUACCACAUGGCCCUGGAAAUGCAGAGAGAUGUCCUGGAACAGAUCCAGCAGUUCUUAGCCACGCAGUUGAUCAUGCAGACGUCUGAAUCGGGCAUCGGCACCAAGAGUCUGCGUGGAAGAGAGGCUAACCGCAAACAAGACCCGAACGAGAAGACCCUGAGUCCUGCACACAAAGACCCUCAUUUAGAGCAAGAGUCACCAGCAAGAAGAAAAAGGAACAACUCCAAACAAGACACAAAUGAGAAGGACAGCCUCUCCAUGGCAUCUCCUGCUUUUCUUCUCUCUCUUUUUGACGGAGGCACCAGAGGGCGUCGCAGUGCCAUUGAGGCAGAUAUGAAGAUGAAAAAGUGAUCUAGAAUUUCACUUCAGCUAUCACAGAAAGUAAAACGGGUGUCCUGUUUCUUUAAGACGUUCUGGCUAAGUUAAGCUCGAUUCAGCAAAUGCAGCUGUAUUUAAACAUCCAGUCUAUAUAACCAGACAUCAGAUGUAAGGGAUUUCCUUCUACACGAAAGGCAAUUUAAGGGCUUGACCCCCGGGUCAAACCUUGACGUUCACAAAAAACGUUAUUUCUAGUCCAUGCAUAGACCUGAAAAACAGGACCGGUCCGAGACAUUCAUUUCAGCUUGGAGGAGAUAUUAUCGCAUUGUUCAAUUUAAUGUUUAUGUGGAAUGUAUUACCAUCAUGACCACAGGAUGGUUAGAAAUCAGAAUGUCAAUCUUUCACAAGCCAUUGUUUAAGACAAAGUUUUUUGUCGCCUUAUUAAAACACUUUGUGAUGUGUUAGUAGCUAAUAAACACAGGUAAAAGCAAUAGAAAUGAAAACUGUUAUCUAUAGAGGUGAUGUUAAAAUGCACCUCUUUCGUUUUCUGUCUGGAAAAUAUUAAUACUGAAUUUUGGAUUAGACUUUAAAGGGCCUCUGUAUUAUAUUUAGUUUUUGUUUCCAAAGCUACAAGUGAAAAUUAGGCAACUGUGUGUUUAGGAAGAACAUAUAGUUUUGUACAGGGGCUUUGUGUACAGUGUUUUUGUAUAAUGUGUUGUGAAAUGUUUUAAUAAAACAUGACAGUCUGCAAAGAAAACAAAA